AUGGUAUUGCGGCUGGUUAAAAUCUGCGCAUCCAGCCAUAAAUCCGCCGAUUAUGGCGCUUCCAAGGCGGCCUUCCGGCCGACCGCCGAGAAAGUGUAUCACGUGGACGUGCACCCCACGCUGCCGUGGAUCGUCUCAUCGGACGGCCACGAUAACGUCGUCGUGUGGGACUGGGAACACCGCCAGGUGCUGUACGAGGUGAACGCGGGUGGGGUGGACGAGCGGCGCCUGGUGGACGCUCAGCUGCAACGCAUCGCCGAUGGGGAGGAGCAUGCCAAGACACGAUCGUCAGCAGUGGGAGCCGAGGCCAUUCGAGGAGGAGGAGUGAAGGACGUGAAGUUUUACGACGACGAUGUUCGCUUCUGGACAGGAGCGAUUGCCCGGGCGGCAGUGGCCGAAUCCCCCACCGUCACAUCUGCCGGCCUCCUCGUGCCGCCCAUCGGCGCUGCCCCGUCCGCGGUGCGCGGGCGGCGGUUCUUGUUUGUAUGCUGCGACAACAAGGCGAUCGUUGCCGACCUUGUGACGAUGAGGACAAAGGACAUUCCCAAACUGCUGCUGGACAACCGCUCUCCGCUUUGGUGA